CAGGCGUAACUAGCUGCAGCCGACUUGCCUCGCGACCGCCUGGGUAUCGACGAAAAUCUAGCAGCAUCCACCGAGGCCCUUGCACAAUUAUGGAUUCCAUACUGCGCCUGUUGGUUCGCGCCGCAAACGUGGGCCACAUCGACGAUAACGAGCCACUUCCACCGGAUAUUGCAGCCCAGGACAAAGGGCCAGGCAUCAUCGUCACAAUCCUGUCCCUAACAUGCAUCACCACGCUUUUCGUUAUCGCGCGUCUGUACACACGGGCGCGUGUACUGCGCGCGGCACAUCUCGACGAUUGGCUCAUCAUUGUCUCCAUGGCUUGCACCUGGGUCGCCGCCGGCUUCUCCGUCGCUGCCAACCUCAAGGGUGCCGGCCGACACGUGCGCGCGCUCACGCAGCAGGAGCUCCACGACGCCAUCUUCUUCGUUAUGACCGGCUUCGUACCCAGCCUUCUGUCGUUUGCUUUCCCAAAGCUCGCCAUUGUGGCACUCCUAACGCAUCUCAUGAACCCAAGCCGCAUUCACCGGAGGUUCCUAUGGGGCCUUGCCGGUUCUUGCUUCGUGGUGUUGUGCACGAACAUCGUCGUCGAGUUUGCACAGUGCAACCCCGUCUCGGCCCUGUGGGACAAAAGCAUCAAGAAGGAGGACAAGAGCUGCUGGGACCCCCGGGUGAACCUGUACACCGCGUACUUUGCCGGAGCCUACUCCGCUUUCGUCGACAUGUACCUUGCCGUCUACCCAACCAUAGUUCUGUUCAGGCUUCAGAGCUUGUCUUGGAGGAAGAAAGCAGCGCUAAGCAUAGCGCUAGGCCUUGGCGUCUUCGCCUCCAUUGUUGCCAUCUACAAGUGCACCUUCCUGCCAGCGCUGGGAAGCAAAGAUUAUACCUAUGACACGGCAGAACUUGUGGCCUGGACAAACGUCGAGAGUAACACCCUUAUAAUGGCAACUUGUAUCCCCGUCCUCCGGCCCCUGAUCGAUCGGAUUUUCGGCCGACAGUUUCUCGGUGACCCGAGUGAUCCAAGCCGACCGGGCUAUGGCGGCGGCUACCAAGCGCAUCGAGACGACAAGGGCUACGCUCUGGGACGCUCGGGUGCCCGACAGUCUUGGACCACGGGCUCCCCAAUGGCCGCCGACGGCCACGAGCUUGCCAUUAGUCCGGCGCGGACACCAGUCCAAGGGCUGGCUACACACUGGGAAACAAUGAGGACAGGGCAGAAAGCAUGGUGCUUCCCACAAUGA